AUGAAUGAAUAUGGAAGAAUCGAACCUUAUACUGUACUCUAUGAUACAUACCGUUUUAUUAUCGAAUUUCUUUAUACAAAUGUUGAAGAUUGUAUAUUGGUUGUCGGACAAUUAUAUCGUUCAUCGACAUUGACAUUUUCUGAACCGACUAUGAUGAUUGAAUCGAUUAUUCAAGGACGUUUAAAAAUGUUAAAAUUUGAUUUAAGUCAACUAGGCGAUUUUCGAGAACGAAUUGUAUUUGAAAAUGAUGCAUAUCUCAUUAAACCAUUAGUACAAAAUCCUGGCAAAAUUGUACUCACUGAUCAACGGCUGUAUUUUCAUUCAUUAAAUAAUAUAGAAGAACAACAAACAAACAAAUAUGAUUUAUCAAAUAUUGUAAAAGUCACUAAAAGAUGUUAUAAAUUUCGUUCAAUUGGAAUAGAAAUACUUUUUUCUAAUAAAAAAACAUCGAGUGUACCGGAAAAUCUCUCAAUAAUUCAAUCGAAUACAUUAUAUUUGGUAUUUUCAAAUGAAAGAACAUGUUUAACGUUUCACGAUUUAUUAUUAAAACAAAAUAAUAUCAAAUUAGGUGAUGUUAGUCAAGAUAAUAUGACAUUACGAUGGCAAUUAGGUAAAAUAUCAAAUUUUGAAUAUUUAUUAUAUUUAAAUGAUCAAAGUCAACGUUCAUUUAAUGAUCUAACACAAUAUCCAAUUUUUCCAUGGGCUUUGAGUGAUUAUAUUAGUAAUGAACUCGAUUUAUCUAAUGCAAAAAUAUAUCGAGAUUUACGAAAACCAGUAGGCGCAUUAAAUCAAGAACGUUUGGAUCGUUUAAAAACUCGAUAUAAUGAGAGUGUAGAAUUAGAAGAUAGCGAAAGAUUUUUAUGUGGUUCAUUCUAUAGUAAUCCAGGUUUUAUUGUUUAUUUUCUUGUUCGCUUAUAUUCCGAAUUUCUUUUAUGUUUAAAUGGUGGACGAUUUGAUCAUAGUGAUAGAUUAUUUCAUUCCAUUGCUGAUACGUUUAACAGUUGUUUAUCAAGUGAUUCAGAUGUUAAAGAACUCAUACCCCAAUUUUACGUGUCUAAUCGAUAUUAUAAUGAUGUUGACAGUGAGAAUGAGGAUGGAAGUUUUUUGGUAAAUAUCUACGAUAUUGAUUUUGGUUAUCGUCAUGAUAAUACACUUAUUGGAAACGUUAUUCUUCCACCAUGGGCAGAAGAUGAAUAA